AUGGCCUGUCUAGCAAAAAGUGUUAGCGCGGAUAAAGCACCCUGGACUCAAUGUGUUCACGGUCGAUCCUGGACGAAUCUAUUCAUAGUCUACCUACCACGAAGCCACGAUCAAAACGACCUUCAGAUACCCUUUGAACGCUUUGGUCCCAUCCGUCAAUGUAAACUCAUUCCGAACAAGAACACCGAUGGUAGUUUGUGCUACGGCUUCGUCGACAUUGUCAACCCUCAGCAUGCAGCUCUAGCGAUUCAGAUGUACGAUAGACGCUUUACGCCCAAUCAUCGUUUGCCUUCUGUGGCCAAAUCUGUUGGUUCUGCUUGGUGUCUGACAGAGGAAGUCACUAACGAGAAUGUUAUCGGGUGGGAAGUGUUCGUCGUAGGCAUUCCGAUGGAAUAG